AUGUUGCGUACCAAUGCUGAAGAUGAGCCCGAGAAGGACGCGGUUGUGACUGAGGUGGAAGAAACCGCUUUCACCUUCAGUUUCCCCAGUACGUUGCCAUCGGGCCCCUCUGAUGAGUCCGCCGCAUUGAAGACGCUGAAACCGCAGAUUGCCGCCCAAGGACAUCAGAACCCGUGCCCCCCUGACGCCGUGGCGAAACCGGCCGCUUGGCGGUUCCAGCGACGACCAGUUGCGUAUAAGUUGCACUUCUCGGUGUCCGCGUGCCCGGACGUGUUGGCCGUGCACGUGGCUCGGAGGUGCGCUUUCGGCACGGUCGUCGACCCGUUUUGCGGCGUCGGCCGCUUGGUCGUUCGGCUGGCGCGCAUGUGCCGAAAGGUGAUCGCCGUGGACAUCGACUCAGCCAAAAUACGGUUGGCCCACCGGAAGUCCGCAGAGCUCGGAGUCACCCACCGGAUCGAGUUUCGGGUCGGGGACAGCUUCGCGGCACUAUCCGAAGUGACGGCCGAUGCGGUGAUCACUUCACCGCCGUGGCCGGCUCCGGCGUAG